GUUGUAAUCUUCUUAUCUCUGAAGGUGUAUUGAUUAUCAAAUACACAGUGCCAUGUUGUUCCUAGACUUUAUUAAAUUCAUAUCAUUAGCAGUUCUUUUAUCAUCGUACGUAGAAGGAGCAUGCCAACCUGGGUGGAUACAUUUUAAAACGUCGUGUUACUAUUUUAGCACAAACUCACUAAAUUGGCAAAAAGCUUCGACCGAUUGUAAGGGACGCUCAGCAAAAUUAGUGAGUGUAGACACAUCACAAGAGAAUGGUUUCAUUGCUGAAGAAGUAGCUAGAGUUGGUGGUUCAUUCUGGUUCGAUGGUACAGAUCAUGAUACAGAGGGAAGAUGGAUAUGGGCAUCAAGUAAAGAGCUAUUUGAUUUUACGGCCUGGCUUCCACAUGAACCGUCAAAUUUUGAGAACAACGAAGAUUGUUUAAUGACACAGAAAGGCUACCAUGGACAAUGGAAUGACUAUGCUUGUUAUCAUACUAUUCAAUUCAUCUGUGAGCAUGCUUCAAAUGAUCCUCCAGUUGGAUAACUUCCUUACUUCACAUCUAGUAAACAGAUAAAUUUGUUGAUUAAAAAUUACAAAUGUGUUGCAA